UAAGAGGGGUAAAAAAUCGUUUUCAUCUCAUAAGAAAACCAUAGUACAUUAUUCAUUUCACAAAACCAUAUUUGUUCAUAUAACUGAAAACCAACGAAACCAUAAAUACUAAUUCAAUUAUUAAAAGACAAGUUUGAAGAGUUUAACCAAAAACGGCGGGACGAUAGUUCUAUCGCUCGCUAAGACACACACCUUACGAACCGUCCCAACUCGGACCAGCAAUGUCACCUGGAAGGGGGGUUGGAGGGGGCCGAGGUGCCCGAGCAUUCCGGGUCCGACGAGGUACAGGAGUUGCGAGUGCAAGUCGCUACGAUUGUUGGUGUGAUGCAGCGCCAAGAGGGUCAAACUGAAAGGCUGCAGGAAUUGGUGGCGCAGCAAGUGGCGGCACAGCAGCAGGCGGCGGCACAACAGCAGGCGGUGGCUCAGGCGGAUAUUGAGCGACCUGCGCCCCUGUCGUUGUACCUGGUGCGACGGAGGGUGUGGCCACGACAGCUAUACCAAUUGCAGCGUGACCUGCACCGCCGGUGGUGGCUACCGCUUCGGGUACUUCAAAUCCCGAAAGUGCGGCGUUGGAGGUGGAGAGGGAGCGUGCACUCUCGGCCCUCGUAAUGUUCAAGAAGUUUAAUCCGCCAUUGUUUGAUGGGGAGAAAGUCGAGCUGUGGAUGGUGGAGUCGUGGAUUGACUCGAUGGAGACCCUCUUUGAGAGUCUUUACAUUUUGGAGAAGGACAAGGUGCACCUUGCCACACAUUGUUUGGAGAGAUCGACAAAGGUGUGGUGGAGGAGGGUCAAGCGGGAUCGGUCUUCCGACCUUCCGCCGUUGGUGUGGGAGGAGUUUCGGGGAUUGAUGUUCACUAAUUAUUUCCCCGAUAGUGUGAAGAAGAAACUUCAAGAUCAAUUUCGGAAGCUGAGGCAAGGAAACCGCUCGGUGGGAGAAUUUGAGCGGGAGUUUUCUCACAUCAUUGACUACGUCCCCGAUGUGGUACGGGACGACAAGGAUAGGGCGGAUUGGUUCGAACGUGGACUUCGGCCGGAUAUCUAUAAGGCGGUGCAUAUUCUCAAGCUCACAACCUUUGUGGAGGUGUUAGAUCGGGCGAUAUGGGCAGAGCAUGGUAAUGCCUACGUCCGUGUUGAGCGUGAGGCAUCCGAGAAAGACAGAGGAAAGAAGCGAGCUCCGAGUGGUUCGGGAGGUCAGCCGAAAUCCAAGAAGACCCCGAAGUACCCGCGAACGCAGUCUAAAGGUCGUGGGACUACGCGGUGCGUCAUUUGUGGCGAAGACCAUCAACCGAUGCAUUGUGAUCAAUGCGAGGGGAAAUGCUUCAGGUGUGGUCAGGUGGGACACUUUAGCCGUCACUGCCCGGGAAGGGCCUUGCCUGCCCCAUCGGUUGCAUCGGCUCCGGCGACUUCGAGAUAGUAUGGAGGAGUUCCAUCCGCUGUCGUAUCUGCUGGACGUGUGAUGGUGCCACGUCAGCCCGAGAUGACUCGGCCGGCUCCUAGUGGUCGGGUAUUUGCUGCUCAGGUGGAGGAACCUGCCGAGGUCGAGGACCGCAACGUCGUGGCAGGUAUGGUGUUGGUAAACGGAGUUCGAACUAGAGCUAUGUUUGACACUGGUGCCACUCAUUCAUUCAUCAGUCGACCGUUCACAAAAGUACUUGGCGGGUUGAAGCCCCUGAGCGCUCAUUUGUUAUUAGAAAGUAGUGUUUGGCUUGUCCAGUACAGGUGGGCAACUGGAUUAUGCCGACACGUUUAUUAGUGCUCAAGCGGUUGAAAGAUUUUGAUCUGAUACUGAAUAUGGACUGGCUCUCGAAAUACUAUGCAUCUAUUGAUUGCAAAAGUAGGGUGAUAAAUUUUCGUGAGCCAGGAAAAGAGGAGUUUAUUUAUCGAGCAUGCAAGAGUUCGCUCUUCGCCAUGACAGUGUCGGCGACAAGGGCAAGGAAGAUGGUUAGUGGCAAUUGCACGGCUUAUUUGGCAACUGUGGUGGAGGUCGGUAGGGAGACUUCGGUGCUUGAGGAUGUUUUCGUGGUUCGAGAGUUUUCGGACGUAUUUGCUGUGGAGCUACUGGGGAUACCGCCGGAUCGGGAAGUCAAGUUCGUAAUAGACUUGGUUCCUGGAACCGCAUCAAUUUUGAAGGCUCCGUAUUGAAUGGCACCGGCCGAGUUGAAGGAGUUGAGGGCUCAAUUGCAAGAUCUCCUCGUUAAGGAAUUUAUUAAGCCGAGUGUGUCGCCUUGGGGAGCCCCGGUAUUAUUUGUGAAGAAGAAGGAUGGGUCGUUCCGUCUUUGUGUGGAUUAUCGUGAACUAAAUAAGGUCACGAUUAGGAAUAAGUACCCAUUGCCCCGUAUCGAUGAUUUGUUUAACCAACUACAAGGGUCUCGGGUGUAUUCGAAGAUAGAUCUUCAG